AGAUGUGAACGUGUCCCAUAGUAAAUCAUGUUUAAUGGGACUGUACUGCGUUUCUGCAAAACGCUGUGGAAAACGCUUGGUGUGAACCAGGGGCGGGCGGACCAUUUGAGCACUCGGGCACUGCCCGAGGGCCUGGGGUCAGUAGGGGGCCCCAUCAGAUGCCCCUGGUACCUUUCAUAGGCUUUUUUGGGUGUGGUUUGAGCAUGGGCAAGGACACAGGGGCCCCAUGAUUACCUAUUGCCCGGAGACCCCAUGAGACACCAAUUCACUGUUCCGGCGAUACCUUUUUAUAGGCUUUUUUGGGCAUGCUGUGAGUGUGGGCCAGGACACAAGGGCUCCAUGA